UAGACCCCCCCCCCGGCCACUUUUGGAGCAGGAAGCUCCGCCUUUCACCGACUGUGACGUCAGAGUCGCCAUGGCAAGUUAUCCGUAUGGGCAGGGCUGCCCUGGAGCUGCAGGACAGGCGCCUGGAGCCCCUCCGGGCAGCUACUACCCAGGACCCCCCCACGGUGGAGGACAGUAUGGUGGUGGCUAUGGGGGUCCUGCCCCUGGAGGGCCUUAUGGACCACCAGCUGGCGGAGGGCCCUAUGGACACCCCAGUGCCCCAGGAGGACCAUAUGGUGGUGCAGCGCCAGGGGGGCCUUACGGUCAGCCACCUCCAAGUUCCUAUGGUGCACAGCAGCCUGGACCUUAUGGACAGGGUGGCGCUCCUCCCAACGUGGACCCUGAAGCCUACUCCUGGUUCCAGUCUGUGGACUCUGAUAGAAGUGGCUACAUCUCCAUCAAGGAACUGAAGCAGGCUCUGGUCAACUCCAAUUGGUCCUCAUUCAAUGACGAGACAUGCCUCAUGAUGAUAAACAUGUUUGACAAGACCAAGUCAGGCCACAUUGACGUCUACGGUUUCUCAGCCCUAUGGAAAUUCAUCCAGCAGUGGAAGAACCUCUUUCAGCAGUAUGACCGGGACCACUCAGGCUCUAUCAGCUACACGGAGCUGCAGCAAGCUCUGUCCCAGAUGGGCUACAACCUGAGCCCCCAGUUCACACAGCUCCUGGUCUCCCGCUACUGCCCUCGCUCUGCCAGUCCUGCCAUGCAGCUCGACCGCUUCAUCCAGGUGUGCACCCAGCUGCAGUUGCUGACUGAGGCCUUUCGGGAGAAGGACACCGCUGUACAGGGUAACAUUCGGCUCAGCUUCGAGGACUUUGUCACCAUGACAGCUUCUCGGAUGCUAUGACCCAGCCUCCAAGGACCUUUCCUGGCUCAUUAGUGUGGGAGAAGCAUGUGGGCCUCUCUUUUCCUGUCCCUUGUAGAAAUUUUUCCUUGCUUGAGGCAGCACUGUUCCCAGGGGUUGGAAGUCCUACAUCAGAGCCACCAAAUAGGGAGGCCCUGACCUGUGGCUACACAGGUAAGAGCCUGACCUAAAAGAAGACUGGAAGUUGAAUGCUCUGACAGCCCUGAAUGGUUGGAUGGCACAGCCUUGUACCAAGAGACGCCAGUCAUGGCAAUGGAGUUAGUGUCUGGUCAGCUUGUUCUGGCCUGCAGCUCUCCCCUGUGUACUCUGAUGCUAGUAGUAAGUGCUCAUCAGCCUCUCACCGUUAGUGCCUGUCCUCCCUCACCCAGGCCAUCUUGUCAGAGGAGCGCAGAGCCGUUUCUCCACAGUGAAAUCUGUCUGAGAAUAAGGGAGAUUUUCCCAUAGAACCAACAGCUUGGAUUUUCCUACAUCUAGGAAUCCUUGCGUGCGAACUUCUAAAUGCCGUGGGCCUUGCCCACUCUGGGAGCUUGGAUAUAUGCCCUCAGGCAUCUUUGGCCAGGCAGUUGCCCUCUGAAGCUCGGACCCUUCCCUUACCUGCCAUGCUGUGCUCAGCUUCAGUCUCCAGGGGACCAUGUCACCCUACUGCCAAUGCUUUUUUUUUUUCCAGUUUUUUUCACUUGGGGCCAAAAGUCCAGUGAAAUUGUAAACUUCAGUAAAAGGAUACCAUUCGAA